GCAAUUGACGACGAGACAAGCAUGAUAAGAGAACUCGCUCAAACCGUGACGAGACUGCCGGCCGCCAACUACCACACACUGAAGGCCAUUGUCAUGCAUCUGGGUAAUGUUAUGGCACGCGCGGACGUGAACAAGAUGACAUCUCACAACCUGGCCAUUGUCUUUGGUCCCACGCUCAUCCGACCGGCCAAGGAAACGCCCCUUGAAGCGAUUGAAAACAUCACCCCCUCCACCUCGAUAAUGGAGAAAAUGAUCCUGCACCGGGAGCACAUAUUUGGUUCAGAAUCGAUGGCAGAAUCUUCGGCAAGGGGAGAAACCUAAGUGAGCAUCUCAGUGAGCAUCUAAAGUUGUACAUGCGUACUUCCCCGCGCACGGACGUGUGUGAACAAUUACAAUUUAAGUACACACAUGCUGAGUACAGUUAACGUGUCGUGUAUGUACUGAAUAUCACCGCAACCAGAAACAGAAAUAUACGCCAUACCAGUGUCACUGGAACCUGGAGCCACAGAGGCAGUGAGUGACUAUAUCUGAAUCGGACUUAUACUCUUUUUAGAAUAAAUAUUUUAUUGCGGGA